UGUGGUGAAGUCGUUAGGGUUACAGCGGUCCUGAGGCGCAUUAGCAGCCAAAUAAUUGGCUCAAACUAAUUCACAGCUUGAUUUAUUCUUCUGUCCUCAAGAUUAAUCGGUUCAUCAUCUCCGUACAGCUGCCGCCAGCAGAAUGGACCUGCUGCCUGACAUCUGGAGGGAGGACUACUGGCUUCCUCCAGGAGUGACCUGGAGAGACGUGGAGCAGCUGGCAGACUCUGAGCGAGCACGACCCCGGGACCUUCUCAUAGCUCUGCCUCUCGCACUGGGCUUUGUUGCGCUACGCUACGUGUUUGAGAGGUUUUUUGCCCCACCCAUGGGCCGAUGUUUGGGGGUGAAGAACAGAAUACAAGCGACUGCUGCCCCCUCCCCGAAGCUGGAGUCGUUUUACACCCAGAGGAGCAGACAGCCGACACAGAGUGAAAUUGUUAAUUUGAUGUCGCUGUGUGGCAAAACGCAGAGGCAGAUUGAGACCUGGUUCAGACUUCGCAGAAACCAAGACAGGCCCUGCCAAACCAAGAAGUUUGGUGAAGCUGCUUGGAGGUUCUUUUUCUACAUCACAGCCUUCACGGCUGGACUGGCCUGUUUAAUUGAUAGACCAUGGUUCUGGGACCUGAGGGAAUGUUGGAGGAAAUAUCCAGUUCAGAUCAUGGAGAGAGCUCAUUACUGGUACUACAUGCUAGAGUUGGGUUUUUAUGGUUCUUUGCUACUCCGAAUCUCUGUGGACGUCAAGAGGAAGGAUUUUAAAGAGCAGGUGAUCCACCAUUUGGCUACCAUCUUCCUGCUGAGUUUCUCCUACUGUGCCAACUACCUUCGCAUCGGCACCUUGGUCAUGCUGCUUCAUGACUCCUCUGACAUCCUGCUCGAGUCUGCCAAGAUGUUCAACUACGGCACUGGCUGGAGGAGAACUUGUGACACGCUGUUUGUUGUGUUUACUUUGGUCUUCCUUGUGACUCGACUGGUGAUUUUUCCCACCAAAAUCAUCCAUACCACUCUGGUACUGUCCAUGGAGGAUUUUAAACCUUUUCCCGGCUACUACUUUUUCAACGUCCUGCUGAUGGUGCUGCAGGUUCUUCACAUCUUCUGGGCUGGCCUAAUCUUGCGCAUGGUUUAUAAGUUCCUGAAAGGCAAGCUGGAAAAAGAUGAACGCAGUGAUGAAGAGAGCGACGUUGAAGAAGAAGAGGACAAUAACGGGAGAAAUGUGGAUCAAGGAGGAGAUCAUUGUUGGGAGAGAAGUAAAGACAAACUGAACUCCAAACUGUCUAUGCUGACCAACAAUUGUGUCCUAAAUAACUUGACCAACCACAGGGAGUCUGUAGCCGACAAGAUGCGAAAAGCUGAUUAAAGUCUUGAUGAUUAUCUUUUACAGAAAGUCACAGUUUUAGAAAAUGAAACAGCCUUGGUUUACAUUGAGUGGUAUAACAUUUGAAAGAUUGGGAAAGCGAUUGGGAAAGAGUUUGAAAGAUGUGAUUCUUCACAAUGUUUACUACAGAUUGUGUAUGGUGAUGCCGCUGCUUCACACUUAAUGGAGAGUGGAAUUAGACAAGUGAUGACCAUUUCAUAAUUAGUCUUUGUAAAAUACUGACAUAGCAGAGGAUAGUUUCGAUCUAUCGACCUCUGGGUUAUGGGCCCAGCACGCUUCCGCUGCGCCACUCUGCUAUGCACCCCAGAUGGGACUCGAACCCACAAUCCCUGGCUUAGGAGGCCAGUGCCUUAUCCAUUAGGCCACUGGGGCUGCUGCAGAUGUUGCAGAACAACUGUUCACAAUUCAUUGCUCAGUGAUAGUGACACAGACACUAUAAUGUUUUUUUUUUUUUAGUCACUUUGCUUGUUUUCUUUGUUUAAUUGUAACUAAGAAAUAUCAGAAUAGCAAAACAAAAGAUGAAAACUUAUAUUAGAUAGCUGAUGUAAGACCCAGUUAUAGACAGAAGUGUUUGUUGAAUAUUGUAAAACAAUGAAAUUGUUACACAACAUGCAGUAGAAAUUUAA